CAGUUUGGACAAGGGGGCGCAGCGAUGAGCCGAGAGCCGGACCGCGAGUGCCCGGAGGACGGAGAUACUGACCAAGAAGAGAUGGUUCCAAGUAAGAAGAGUGCAGUUGUUGUGGAUGGGAUCAUACUGAAUGGGCCGACGACAGAUGCAAAAGCAGGGGAAAAAUUUGUUGAAGAGGCCUGUAGGCUAAUAAUGAAAGAGGUGGUUUUGAAGGCUACAGAUGUCAAUGAGAAGGUUUGUGAGUGGAGGUCUCCUGAACAAUUAAAACACCUUCUUGAUUUGGAGAUGAGAGACACAGGAGAGUCACACCACAAGCUGUUGGAACUCUGCCAGGAUGUCAUACGCUACAGUGUCAAAACUAACCAUCCCCGGUUCUUCAACCAGUUAUAUGCUGGACUUGAUUAUUAUUCUUUAGUGGCUCGAUUUAUUACAGAAGCAUUAAACCCAAGUGUUUACACGUAUGAGGUGUCCCCAGUGUUUCUGUUAGUGGAAGAAGUGAUUCUGAAAAAAAUGAUCGAAUUCAUUGGUUGGAAAGAAGGGGAUGGAAUAUUCAAUCCAGGUGGUUCAGUGUCCAAUAUGUAUGCAAUGAAUUUAGCUAGAUACAAGCAUUAUCCUGACAUUAAGGAAAAGGGUCUGACUGGGUUGCCAAGAUUAAUCCUUUUCACAUCUGCAGAGUGCCAUUAUUCCAUGAAGAAGGCAGCCUCCUUUCUUGGGAUUGGUACAGAGAAUGUUUGUUUUGUGGAAACAGAUGGAAGGGGUAAAAUGAUACCUGAGGAACUGGACAAACAAAUCUGGCAAGCCAAAAAAGAGGUGCUUGGCUCUCCAUAUUCUGUGGAGUUUCUCGGAUGUUCUCAUUCCCAGGGAGCAGCACCAUUUCUUGUCUGUGCCACGUCUGGAACCACCGUGCUGGGAGCCUUUGAUCCUCUGGAUGAAAUAGCUGACAUCUGUGAACAGCAUGGUCUCUGGCUUCAUGUGGAUGCUUCUUGGGGUGGCUCAGCUUUGAUGUCAAGAAAAUAUCGCAAGCUUCUGCAUGGCAUCCACAGAGCAGACUCUGUUGCCUGGAACCCACACAAGAUGCUGAUGGCUGGAAUUCAGUGCUGUGCUCUCCUUGUUAAAGACAGAUCUGAUCUUCUUAAGAAGUGCUACUCUGCCAAUGCAUCCUACCUGUUCCAGCAGGAUAAAUUCUAUGACGUCAGCUAUGACACAGGAGACAAGUCUAUCCAGUGUAGCCGAAGACCAGAUGCAUUCAAGUUCUGGAUGACUUGGAAGGCCCUGGGAACAUUAGGCCUUGAAGAAAGAAUGAAUCGUGCACUUGCUUUAGCUAGGUACCUAGUAGAAGAAAUCAAGAAAAGAGAAGGAUUCAAGUUACUUAUGGAGCCUGAAUAUGCCAAUAUUUGCUUUUGGUACAUUCCACCAAGCCUUAGAAAGAUGGAAGAGGGCCCUGAGUUCUGGGAAAAACUUCAUUUGGUUGCACCAGUUAUAAAGGAGAGGAUGAUGAAGAAGGGAAGUUUGAUGCUUGGCUACCAACCCCACCGGGGGAAAGUCAACUUCUUCCGCCAGGUGGUGAUCAGCCCUCAAGUUAGCAGAGAGGACAUGGAUUUCCUCUUGGAUGAGAUUGACCUGCUUGGUAGAGACAUGUAGCUAUGGCUUUUGUCACCCAGAGUCAUGGAUCCUGAU